AUGUCAACCACGGCCACCGCCACCGCCACCGUUGCAACACAACCUGUGGGCGGUAACCUGAGCGGAUCACCCAUUAUAUUCUACCCCUUGCCGACACCAUGGCCAUCACCGAUAGGGUGCGAGAAAUACUUGUACCGACAAACUGACGAGGGCACCCUUCUUGCUUGGGAUCCCGUCUAUCCCAGCAGAUUUAAGAUAGAAGAGGCCAGAAGAUGUUACAACAAGCAACUGGGUGACUGGUGGUGGCAGGACCGCACCGAUAAUUCACCAUUACAAACAGCAUUUGGGCCAACUUUUGUUUGUCCCGAGGCCUAUACGGCUGUUCAUACUAGCACACUAGACAGCAGUGCUUCGGCAGCGCAAACAGCGUUCACCUACUGCUGCCCUAGGCACGUAAUGCAGUGCACAUCAGAGGUCAUGCCGGGCGAAACCAUCUCCUACAUGUCCCGCACUUCUGUCACCCUCACGGUCACCGUCAGCGGCACCUCGGAGAAGUCCACGGUCCAGAGCACCAACAUUGCGACAUCGACCGUCGUGAAGUCAUCUCGCGCUACCGUCUACGCAGUUCCUAUCAACGGGUUCAACAUCGUGCACCAACAGGCCAGUGGCACCGGGCUUGCGAACAGCACGGCGACGCCCCCAUUAUCAACAACGGAUACACCCUUGCAGUCUAACAACCCAUCUAUGACGCCAGGCGCCAUCGCCGGGGCUGCCGUGGGCGCAGCUAUUGGUACCGGGUUGUUGGCCCUCGGUGCAUUCUUCGUUUGGAAAGUCUGGGAAAGGCGAAAACUUAACCGACAGGGAGUUGCCGCAUUGGAAGAAGGGGCGGGAAAAGACAACCAUGAUUCGAAAGAUUCAGGGCCGAAAUUCGAGAUGCCCGUCAAGCAUCAUAUACACGAGCUGUCGCAUUUUAAGUCUACCCAAGAGCUGCCCUGA